CAUCUUGAUUUUACCUUCAAACAGUUUACAGUUGCUUUUUACACUGUUUUUAAAAAUUGUUUAGGUCCAGCAACUUCUGUUCUUGAGUAUUUGUCAGAUAAAGACAAAGAGAGGAUCCUGGAAGCAAAACAAGUGGCAGAGAUUCAAGCGAAGACUCCAUCUCUGCCCCAGCAGUGCCUGCAAAACAGAUUCCAAACCUCGGCUUUGCAUGAUGCUCCACCAAAGUGGCAGCAGUUAACUUCAGCAGGUUCUAGUGACUUCAGACCAUUUGCAAAAGAUCCAGAAAAACAAAAGAGAUAUGAAAAUUACAGAGCAAGUCUCAAACAUGAUCCAAAAGUCGAAGUUCUAGCAAGCUGUGUUGAUCCUAAUAUGACAGAAUGGGAACGCCGGAGGGAGCAAGACGAGUUUUCUCGUGCUGCAAUGCUCUACAAAUCCUCCAGCUCUGUCCUGUCUUCGAGGUUUACUUCUGCAAAGCAUGAAGAUGACACCGACAAAGUAGAAGUUCCUCGGGAUCAGGAGGCUGAUAUUGAUGACAAAAAGGCAGCUGCAAAGAUGAAGAUGUUUGGCAAGCUCACAAGAGAAAGGUUUGAAUGGCACCCGGACAAAUUGCUGUGCAAAAGGUUUAAUGUUCCUGAUCCCUAUUCAGACUCGUGUAUUGUUGGAUUACCCAAAGUGAAGCGUGACAAGUAUUCCGUAUUCAAUUUCUUGACAGUAUCGGAGUCUACAUCAGUCACACUGAGCCAGGCCAAAGAAGUAGGAGGAGCGCAACGGGAUAAUAUCCCAGAGAAACCAAAGAAGCCAUCAAGAUGGGAUGUGUCCGAUAAAGAAAAGAAGAAGAAAGAUGCUAUUGGUGAGUUCAUCAGUUUAGCCAGGUCAAAGGUCGAUGUCCAGGAAGAGCAGCCGCCAGUUGAAAAAAUGGACCAAAAAAAGACAGAAGAACCUGUUGCCAACGAGAUAGUAAGUGAAAGUACGAGCAGGAAUGAAGAAGUAGCAGAAGAAGAAGAAGAAACAAGACCGUCCAUGGAUCUGUUUAAAGCCAUCUUUGCCAGCUCCUCAGAUGAAAAAUCAUCUUCAGAAGAAGAAGAAGAAGAGAGUGAUGGUGAAGUGCAAGCAGCAGCGGCAGAGGCAGAAUCCGUUUCUGAAAGUACAAAGCAUUCUUCUCCUUUGCCUGAUGUUCAAGGUGUUAAAGCAAAUAGAGCCGCCACACCAGAACCUUCUGUGGUUGUAAAUCUGCCCUUGAAGGAAGCCAUUGAUCAAGGAGAAGAAUUUGGACCAAAAUUGCCUCCUGUUAUUCACUCUGGCACUCAUUCGAAGCCUGCGGAAAUACAGCUUGCAAGUUCCCCUGAAGCCUCUAAGAGAGAGAAGCCUAAGAAGAGCAGAGAAAAACACAAGUCCAAAAGAGAACACAAACCCAAGAAAGAAAAGAAAAAGAAACACAAGAAAUCCAAGCACAAGAGCAAAAGCAAAAGCAAGAAGCCCGAACGAAAUGGCGGCUCUCGCACUGCCGAUAGCAGCAGCGACAGCAACGGUGAUGGCGAGACUGCAGAUAUAUCACCCAAAGAACUUAUUAAAAGGUAAUAAG